UCUGGUGCUGUGGUUGCCCAACCCAAGAGAAGGUUGCCAAAUCCUUUUUUUCGUGCUUCGUGUCACUUGUCUGGGUUUCGCACAGAUUAUAUCAAAUGGUAAAAUUAAUCUAACGCUCCCGAUGAAAAAUGGAAGUAUUAUACCACCAAUCACAGAAAUUGGUAUUUGAUGUUCAAAGUCUUCUGCCACAUAUUGACAGAAAUGUAGGAAAAGAUGCUGCAACUAUUGAGCGGACAAUUCAAGGAAAACUCGAAGAAAUCACGAGCAAUAUUCAAAGACUAGAUAUUCUUGUCAAUAAGGAGCUUCCUGUUCGAAGAAGAGAAGCAAGACUCAAGGUUGAUCAGUUAAAACAGGAUAGGCUCAUGUUACAAAAUGCCAUCCAUAUGCUUCAGCAAAAAAGGAUGCAGAGAGAGCAAGAAGAAGCUGCAAGAGAGGAGCUAUUGACUCAGACAUUCCAACCAAACAACAGGGAGACUUCACUGUACAUUGACCAAUCAUUGCAACACCACACUGCUCUUAAUGGCAUUCAUAGAAGCUUGGAUGACAUUUGGGAGACUGGAACUGCAGUGCUUGAUGGCUUACGUACCCAGAAAAGUGUUUUCAAGAAAGCCCAUCGAAGGCUCCUUGAUGUAACAUCAAUGCUGAGUCUGAGUAAUUCUGUUAUGAGAAUGAUUGAACGACGAUCUACUCAAGAUAAAUAUCUGUUUUAUGGAUUGGCGAUAAUUACUUGCAUCUUCAUUCUUGCCGCGUUUUGGUAUUUUCGCCAGUGAUCGUUGUAGAUCAUGAAAUAUUUUAUUUUUGCGAUAUUUCAGAAAUUUUAAAUAAACAUGAAAAUUGUAUGCUA